CCGUCCUCUACUUUGUUCUUCUCCCUCCCCGGCUUCGUCCACGCUAUCCGCUAUCCACGCCGCACAUAGAACGCCGGUAACGUACUGCGCGAUUGGUCCAAAUUUUAAUGACGUUCGUGAAAAAAUACGACGACCAAGCACCAACAUUUAGCCUUCCAUACUUUUCAUUGGACAGGGUUAUUAACGUAGCGGAGGGGACGAAAUAAAAAAUCAAAACCAGCUAAUAAGGAUCCUUGUUAAUCGUCCAAGUUGUUUUAAAUUGAAUCAAACAAUAUUAUAAAAUAAGUAGUUGACAGGUUUUGUUUUCUGUUUAUUAUUUACCAGGUUUUCACUGAGACGCCGCUCGUCCGCAUCGCCUUUUGGGACCAGCCAAUCCUCCGAAAACGUGGAGCGAAAACGCAGCUAUCCCUUUUCUAAAUUCACCCGGAGGAGUCACAUCUGAGGUGCCCGAGCAGCAUGGAAGAUGCGGAGCAGUAUCAGGUUGCCGGGUCCGGGGCCUCCGAGACGUACCCGGUGCAGUGCUCCUCUCUGCGCAAAAAUGGGUUCGUCAUGCUCAAGGGCAGGCCCUGCCGCAUCGUGGAGAUGACCACCUCCAAGACGGGCAAGCACGGACACGCCAAGGUGCACCUGGUGGGCAUCGACAUCUUCUGUGGCAAGAAGCACGAGGAUCUGUGCCCGUCGACGCACAACAUCGACGUGCCCAACGUGAACCGCAGCGACUUCCAGCUGAUCGACAUCAGUGAUGACGGGUUUGUCACACUAAUGAACGACAAAGGAGACACCCGUGACGACCUCAAGCUGCCAGAAGGGGAACUGGGUCAGAAGAUCCGCGAAGAGUUCUCCAAAGAGGACACCAGUGUGAUUGUGACGGUGAUGAGUGCUGUGGGCACGGAGUGCAUCAUCACUCACAAGAACGCCAACUAGGAGGGACAGACAAGAAAGGGAGGAGUGGUUGACUGUCACCUCCCCCCUGACAACACGCUGCUCUAAGAGGAAACCAACACCUGCGAUGGGGGGGAGCAAGGCGGGAAGACAAAAAACACAGGACGUCUGACCAUGCACGCCCCAGCUGGAAAAUCAUGGUCACUGGUGUGCUUGUUCCGUUUCUGUUUUUUUUUUUUGUUUUUUUACAGAGUUUUUGUUUUUUUAUAUUAAAAAAAGUACUGUAAUUCUAUGUCCUGGCCAAGAAAAAAAAAAAUGUAUUGCCUGUAACCACCCCAGAUUUGUGAAAAUUUUCGUUGUAUUUCGUCUGGUACAAGGUGUGAGGCUGCACUUUUUUUUUUUUACUUUUUGUGUAAACUUUUUUGGGGGGAUUUAAGGGAGACGUGUAUUUUUGAGGGGAAGGAUGGGGCGACUGCUUGAGGGCUUUUUCUGUGCCCUCUUAGGACAACAAAUUGAACAGGAGACUGACAGAGGCUUUAAUAACAAAAAUAUAAUAAAGUGCUAUAACUUCAGCAGAGAUUUUUUUUUUUAUCCUCAACUUUUGGUGCAACAAGCUACUGUGUCAUGAUUUCCACUUUUGUUGGAGAAAUGUCAGGUUGGAUGUUUUAUCUUGGAAUUAAAUUUUUAUAAAUGUAUACUCCUCUUUUGUUCUCUUGCUGCUUCCUUCACCGGUGGUUGUGGUCUCGCGUUGACUCCCUGGUUUUCAUUUUGUUUGAAUUUGGGUAGUUCUCUCUAAGGCUGUUUGAACAUUGGCAUCAGGCUACUCUGCAAGUCUCUUGGCGUAAUAAAUUUGUAUUUCACUAUUUCA